AUGGAGGCCCAACAAACCUCUAAUCCUGCUUCCGUCAGGGUCGCUUUCGAAGGCUGUGGGCAUGGCUGUCUCAAUGACAUAUAUGCAUCAGUUGAGAACGCUGCCGCCCUGAAAGGAUGGGAUGGCGUUGACUUGGUCAUCAUAGGUGGCGAUUUCCAGGCCGUCCGCAAUGCCAAUGAUCUUGCCUGUAUGUCUGUGCCUCAGAAGUACAGGGAGUUGGGCGACUUUCACGAAUACUACAGUGGAAAACGCACCGCACCCUAUCUGACUAUCUUCAUCGGAGGUAACCAUGAGGCUGGCAAUCAUCUCUUCGAACUUUACUACGGAGGAUGGGUUGCCCCGAAUAUUUACUACUUGGGUGCAGCGAACGUCCUUCGGUUCGGUCCCCUCCGCAUUGCCGGCAUGUCUGGUAUCUGGAAGGGCUACGACUACAGAAAGCCGCAUUCGGAGAGAUUGCCUUAUAAUCGAGACGAUGUUUCAAGCAUCUACCACGUGAGAGAGCUUGAUGUUCGGAAGCUACUUCAGGUUCGUACCCAGGUUGACCUGGGCUUGUCUCACGAUUGGCCCAAGCAGGUUGAACUGUGCGGAGAUUCCGAGUAUCUCUUCAACACAAAGAGAGGCUUCCGUGAGGACUCCCAAAGUGGUAAACUGGGCAACCCUGCGGCCAAGUACGUUCUUGACCGUCUACGUCCGGCCCAUUGGUUCUCCGCCCACUUGCAUGUGAAGUUCGCCGCCAUAGUCGCUCAUGGAGAGUAUGUUACCCCUGAACACCCGGCUGCUAAAAGGAAAGCUGAAGCUCCUCUACCCGAUCCUUUUCCCGCCCCGGGUGCUUCGCACCAAUUCGGCUUGGACGGUGCUAUCCUCACGGCUCUUGCGCUUCCCGAUGAUAAUCCCGAGGCCGGGCGUACUCUCCCAGCUCGACCUGCCGCGGAACAAGAGCCUUCAGACCACCACGGGACCGCGGAAACAGCAAGCCAACCCUCGGCUGUCGACAAAGGAGAUGGGGCCCCAUCUGAGAAGGAAACCCCCAAUGAGCCCAGUGAUGACCAGAGUAAGAUUUCAGCAUGGAAUAGUUUCCACACCGUGGCUGCUGAAGCUGAGGCGGCUGAGAACUCUCGAUUUCUGGCAGAUCAAUCCCUUCAGUAUGCAGCUCUAAAACCGAGCGUUUCGCACGAUCUGACAUGGAAAAGAAUCGAGACGAGCGAGGACGGAUCCGGCCGCCUCUACACCGGCAUCGAACGUGAUAGCGCCAACAAGAAGCUGAAGAUCGAACACAAACCCGAAGCCGUGAAGAACUCCGACGAGAUCGAUCUCGACCUGGACAGUGACUCCGAUGCGGAAACGACUCCUCACAAAGUCUCUACUCCUGUAGCUGGACGGACCGACGAGCCCUCUGCUAACGAAGCAAUCCCCAGCGAUGACUCGAAGACUACUGCGCAGGCUGACCCGGCUUUGCCGGCUAGUGGUACUGACAUUCCUGAAGAUCUUCGCAACCAACUUCCUGCCAGCUUCGCCCGCCCUCAGCCCGAUCCUUACCCAUUGAACGGACCGUUGCCUGAUGCAAUUGCCAACACGAUCACUAAUUUCCUGGCACUUGACAAAUGCCUUCCUCAACGCCAUUUCUUACAGCUGCUUGAGAUCGAAGCUAUCUCCGACCAAGAAGGCAUCAGUGCCGAACGCCCUUACCGUCUGCAGUACGAUAAAGAAUGGCUAGCAAUUACGCGUGUCUUCGCUGACGACCUCCAACUCGGAGACCCGGCCGCGAAGGCCCCGGCUGACAAGGGAGAUCAGGUAUAUAAGCCGCUGAUCGAGGAGGAGGAGAAAUGGGUGGACGAACACGUGGUUCAGACUGGAAAGCUGGACGUCCCCGACAACUUCACCCUAACCGCCCCAGUAUACGAUCCAGCUGUCCCGCUUAACACGGAGGAACAGCCCAUCGAGAACGCCAAGCUCGCAUGGCCGCAGGCCCUCGACCCAGUGAGUUCAGACCACGGGAUCGAGGCCCACGUCGUGGGGGCUUUGGGCGAGGCCGCGGCGGUGGCGGCGGCGGCAGAUUCCGUGGCGGCGGUGGCGGCCGGGGUGGGCGUGGGCGUGGUGGUGGAGGAGGAGGAGGAGGAGGAGGAGGUGGUGGUAGUGGCCGCGGAUUUCAGCACUGAAACACACGACUCUCUGUUCACCUGA